AUGUAUUCAUCUCAAUGGACUGCUACAGAUUCAAUUAAAGCUAAUUCAAACGAAGCUAAUGUGGUAAAUUCUAAUGAAGUUGCUAUGAUUGAUCCACUUAUAUUAAUUGAAGCUCAAAUUAUGAGUAAGAAAGUUAUUUUGAAGUAUGAUAAAUUAAUCACCAGGGAUUUAGAGUUAACUACUCCAUUAAGUGUUUUGCUAGGUUUGUGUCCAGAAUUUCGUAAUCACCUUGAUAUUUAA